AUGCUAAUGGGGAUAAAUAUAGGAGAGGGUUUGCAUGAGCUGAAGCCAGCUCUGUUGAUGGUUGUUGUUCAGAUUGCCUAUGCUGGAGUCAAUGUGCUCUACAAAUUGGCUGCCAACGAUGGCAUGAACUUGAAAAUCAUUGUAGCUUAUCGCUUCGUUUUCGCCACUGGUUUCAUUUUUCCCCUUGCUUUCUUCAUUGAAAGGAAAAUUAGGCCAAAGCUUACCUGGAUGAUUCUUUUUCAGGCCUUUUUAUGUGGACUAUUUGGGGGAUCACUGAUGCAAACUCUAUAUAUUGAAAGUUUAAAUUUAACUUCAGCAACGUAUGUGUCCGCCAUGGCCAACCUCAUUCCUGCUAUAACAUUCAUCUUAGCUGUCUCUUUCAGAUUAGAGAAGUUGAACUUUGGAAGCCCAUCAGGAAAGGCUAAGGUGUUGGGAUCAAUAGUUGGCAUAGGUGGAGCAAUGCUUCUGACCUUGUACAAAGGAGUAGAGAUCAAUAUUUGGUCAACGGAUGUUAACCUUUUGAAACAUGCUCAGCAUCACCACAGCCACGUGGCAUCACCAAAGGAUGAGUUACGUAAUCGUAUUUUGGGAUGCCUAUUGUCUGUGGCUAGUGGUACCUCUUAUUCUCUAUGGCUCAUAAUUCAGGCUAAAAUGAGCAAGAGUUAUCCUUGCUAUUAUUCAAGCACAGCUCUUAUGUCAUUCAUGGCAGUAAUACAAACAGUAGUUUAUGCCAUCUGCACGGAGAGGGAUUAUAACCAAUGGAAGUUGGGUUGGAACGUUAGGCUUCUCAGUGUCGCAUACUCGGGUACUAUAGGAUCAGGACUAAUGGUGGCACUUAUUGCAUGGUGUGUGAAUUUGAGAGGUCCAGUGUUCGUAUCUAUUUUCAGUCCUUUCAUGCUUAUCGUAGUCGCCAUUGCUGGGUCUCUUGUUCUCGACGAGAAGUUACACCUUGGCAGUGUAUUAGGUGGAGUGCUGAUUGUGUGUGGAUUAUAUCUGGUGCUGUGGGGAAAAGGAAAAGAGACGAAGAUGAAACUUCAACCAGUACCAACGUCACAAAGCGUUGGUGAUGAAUCGGAAUCGAUCGACAUUGUUGUACUUGGCGCCCCUACUGAUCACAACAAAAAAACUAGAACUGGUGGCACAGCAAUAGUGGCUCCUCUUGAAUUCUCAUCUGUAAAUGAGUAUCAUGAAGUCAAUGAGUUGCAUGGCACGGAGAAAAAAUAAAAAUAAUCCUAAUUUUAUUAUGGUGCAUCUGUUUAAAAUGUAUCAUAAAGGCUAGGUCGUAGUUCUUAUUCCAGUUGUGAGAAACAAUCAUAUAUAUAUAU